UCUGCUGGCUGCCGCUCCGCAUGGACAGUCGGAGAUACAACAGAUGGCGACGAGGGUAAAGAGGAGUGGACUCGAAUAAGUUGCAAGAUGAGCCUCCUUCAGCCACCAGAAUUGAUGCCAGCGCCGGGAAAGCCAGCCAUUCCGUGGAUGCAAUGGCGCAAGCUGUUUGAAAAUUAUCUGCUGGCCUCAGAGAACACAGCCCACCCUGCUGCUCGCCCCAAAGCGCUUUUGCUGCACUGUUUGGGCGUGGAAGGUCAACGCAUUUUCUACGCAUUACCGGAAGAACAGUCACCGGCUUCGACAGGAAAAGAGGAAGACACGGGCACGGCCCAGAAGAGGACGGGCGGGCAGGAUGAAUUUAACAUCGCUUUGGCAAAGCUCGAAGAUUACUUCGUCGCAACAACUAAUGUCGUUGUUGAGCGGCAACGGUUCCGCCAGCGUGCUCAACUGCCGGGGGGAUCGGUGGAUUCGUUCGUCACAGGUCUUCGUGAACUUUCUGUUACAUGUGACUUCAGUACGCAGUUGGAAGAAUUCAUUCGGGACCAGCUCGUGGAAAAGACUGGCCACCGCCAGCUACGGAAGCGACUACUGCUAGAAGGUUCCGUUCUGACUUUGCAACGUGCGCUCGACAUUGCCAGAAUCAUGAAGGCAACGGAACAAUAUUCCCUGCAUCUUACCCCACGUACAGAUGUUCACGUAGUGGACCGCCUGACAUCAUAA